AAAAGGGUAAAUGCUUGUUGAGUACUUGUGUCGACUGAGGGUAAAUACACGCAGCAAACAGAGAGAAAUCCGCAGCAGAAACAAAUCUUCUCACUACAAGGUUUGAACUCCAUCACGUUUCUCAGUAAUCCGCCAUUUGGUGUAUUUCUUGUGCUCAGUCCGGCAAAAGCUAUGAUUCUUAAUCCUGCUACUCGUUCUUACUCAACUGAGGCUAAUGUUUCUGGCCCUGGAAGCCACUUAGAUGGAAGUUCAGCUGAGGACAAUGGAUGGGAAAAAACGAAAUGUCUUCCUGGUUUUAUAUUCCUAUGUAAUAUGAGCACAAAGCUGCAAUGUUACCAAUACCGUGUGUUUGGACUUCCCUUUAGCAGAAUGAAAGUGGUGGAGAAGAUAAAGAUCGGCUCAAAGCUAUUUUUGUUUGAUUUCAAGUCAAAGCUUCUGUAUGGUGUAUAUGAAGCAACUUGCGAUGGAAACCUUAACUUGGAACCUGCAGCUUUUGGAGGGCAAUUCCCUGCUCAGGUGAAAUUCAAAAUCUUCAAGGAAUGUCUUCCAAUUCCUGAGAGUUCCCUCAGGUAUAUUAUAAAGGAGAACUAUACAGGCGCAAAAUUUAAGCAAGAACUCGAUGGAGAGCAAGUGGCGAAAUUGAUAUCAAAUUUUCGUCCUUUGGCUUCAUCGGUAUGCCAGCCUGCACCACAAGCUCUGGCCCAUGUACCCCAACCAGGGGCCGAUCCUCCUUCUCGAUUAGAAUAUCAGCAUAACCUUACUGGGAGAAUGCCUAACAUGGAAGUUCCUUACACACCUGUGGUGCAGUAUAACAAUAUCCGCACGCCAGUGGAGGCUCAACCUGCUCUUAACGUCACUUAUCCAGAGUACGGGUUUCAUAGAAGAGCAGCUUAUGGGGCAACCGUACAGCCAACUUUGGAGCAUCAAAGUUUUCCGGCAGCCAGUAGUUAUGCCUCCCAACCUCAACUUCAACCAAAACGACCAUUGUUUGCCGAAACAGCUUAUGUGGAAACUGUACAGCCAACUUUGGACCGUCAAAAUUUUCCGGCAGCCAGUAGUUAUGCUGCGUAUCCUCAACCUCAACAACCAUUGUUUUCCGAAGCAGCUUAUGUGGAGACUGUACAGCCAACUUUGGACCAUCAAAGUUUUCCGGCAGCCAGUAGUUAUGCUGCGUAUCCUCAACCUCAACGACCAUUGUAUGCUGAAGCAGCUUAUGCGGAAACUGUACAGCCAACUAUGGACCAUCAAAGUUUUCCGGCAGCCAGUAGUUAUGCUGCGUAUCCUCAACCUCAACAACCAUCAGCUUAUGUGGAAACAGUACAGCCAACUUUGGAGCAUCAAAAUUUUCUGGCAGCCAGUAGUUAUGCUGCCCAUCCUCAACCUCAACAACCAUCAGCUUAUGUGGAAACAGUACAGCCAACUUUGGAGCAUCAAAAUUUUCCGGCUGCCAGUAGUUAUGCUGCGUAUCCUCAACCUCAACAAUCAUUGUAUGCCCAAGCAGCUUAUGUGGAAACUGUACAGCCAACUUUGGACCAUCAGAGUUUUCUGGCAGCCGGUAGUUAUGCUGCCUAUCCUCAAUCUCAACAACCGUUGUAUGCCGAAAAUGUUGGCCAUUAUGCUGCCCAUCCUCAACCACAACAACCACCGUUUGCUGAAAAUGUUGCCCAUCAAGAGCAGCAGCCAUUAAGCCGAUUUUAUUUCAGUAAUUAUGCAUCAUCAUAAGAAACUGAUUAAACCAGGUUUAUCCCUUCCGCUGCAGCAAGCCACCACCCCAGUUUUUCUAUUAUAAAUUUAGUCUAUGAUAUGAUACCGUCAGAGGUGUUCAGUUUGCAAGAUUAUAUUCCAUGAUUAAAUUAGUGUUAUGUUUGGUUCAGAUGGAUAGUAUUAUGAUGAUUAGUCAUAACUAACCUCUUUUUAUUAAAUAAUCUCACAAAUUAUAUCUUACUAAUAUUUAAUCUA